AUGCCUGCGGCCAAGACCCGAACGAUUAAGGUCACAAAGACGGAUAAGGGGGGCCUACAGGAGCUCACCGUUGAAGAGCUAAAGGAUCUAUUCCAAGACUUUAUUCCAGGAGACAUUAUGGACAGCGUCACCUUGCCCCCAGGUGAGGACCUUAACGAAUGGCUAGCUGUCAAUGUGUACGAGUUCUUCGAGUCCAUACAGCUGAUAUACUCCACGUGCGAGAAGGUCUGCAAUGAGAAGGCGAUAACUUGCGUAGAGAUGAAUGCAGGAGAAAAUUGCAAAUAUCUUUGGCAAGAUGGUCGGGUGUACAAGAAGCCGACCCCCGUGACAGCACCCAUGUAUAUUACCCUUCUCUUCCAGUGGGUGCAGGGCCAGCUAGAGGACGAAGCAAUCUUCCCCACAAGUCCCACGACCCCGCUGCCCAAAGAAUUUCCAAAGAUUGUUCGCAAUAUAUUCCGUCGUCUUUUCAGAGUCUAUGCUCAUAUAUUCAUGUGCCAUUACGGGACACUCGUGGAAAAAAAUAUCGCACAAACUUUUAAUACAUGUCUCAAGCACUUUCUACUCUUCGUCCGGGAAUUCCAACUUAUCGAGGCCAACGAGCUUGAGCCAUUGCGAAUUAUUCUGGACAAGAUUUGA